CCCUCCGUGAGCCUUAACCGGUGGAAUAACAAGCCCAGCUGUCCGGUAGGAAUUAAGGGACGACAUUGCCGAGCUUUUCUUAACAGAGAAAAGGAUAUUUAAACCCCACGAGCGCACCAUAGCCUACUGAAGCCGUUAUCAGAGAUGGCCAGCACCGGGACUGAGCGCGAGGAACCUCACGUUCCCCUGGACGAACUGAGACAUCCCGAGUCUGCAUUCAGAGAGUCGCAGAAGUGGAUUGAGGAGGUGACGGGAAAAAGUUUCGGUGAGAAGGACUUCCGGAGCGGCCUGGAGAACGGGAUCCUGCUCUGCGAGUUACUGUGUUCCAUCAGACCAGGUUUGGUCCAGAAAAUCAACAGACUACCCUCGCCCAUCGCUGGACUGGACAACCUGUCAGUGUUCCUCAGAGGCUGUGAGGAGUUGGGUCUGAAAGGUUCCCAGCUCUUUAAUCCGGGAGACCUUCAGGACACCUCCAUACAAGCCAACCUCAGGGACUCAGAAUGCAGUAGAAAACUGAAGAAUGAUGGAGAGCACGGCAGUCUCCCUCAGCCCAUCUUAGAGGAGGGAGGAGGGGGGGAGGGGGGAGGUCCCUUUAAGAGACCACCAGGGCCCCGCUCCAGAAACCACAAGACAGUCACAUGGGCCCCAGAUGGGGAGGAGCCUAAAGGGGAAGAGGGGGGUCUUGGGCAGGAAGAGGAAGUGUUGAAACGGGAAGUAGAAGAACAUCGGCGGCUGCAGAGGCUGGAGAAGGCGGGGAUUAAAGUUCUGCCCGCUGUGAUUCGCUACGGCAGGUCAGCAGGCAUGUGGCGUGUCGGCCUAUGGCGUGUGGCCUAA